AAGACUUAUGAUUCUGGUCACCCUUAAUCCAUGGAAGUCAACUAAUGUUCAAUCCCCCAUGUGUUCUCCACUAAUCCAAAUUUUCAUUUGAAAAACAAGAACAAAAUAAAAUUAUUAGAAAUUAUCAAAGAUUUUAAGCCCAAUCGUGCCGAACAUUAUUACUAAUUCUUGCAUUUUCCCAGAUUAUAUAUAAACCGUUCAACAACAUGAAAUUCACAUAACCAAACAUCAUCAACUCUUUCUCCAAGAUGGAGAAAUCAUGGCAUCUUAGUCUAGCCCUAAUAUGGCUUGUUCUCAGUAUCGUCUUGUUCCUCUCCAAACCGUCUUACCAAGAUGACAUAUUUCCAUUUCCUUCUUUCCCCAUCCUAAAUCCUAGAUUAAUGAAAGCUUACAUAGCUCUUCAGGCUUGGAAACUGGCAAUCACUUCUGACCCCAACAACUUCACUGCCAACUGGUAUGGUCACAAUGUCUGCAAUUACACUGGUGUUUACUGUGCACCAGCCCUAGACGAUCCUCACAUUUUAACCGUCGCCGGAAUCGACCUGAAUCACGCAAACAUCGCCGGAUAUUUGCCGGAAGAGCUUGGCCUUCUUAAAGAUCUUGCUCUUUUCCACUUAAACUCUAACCGCUUUUGCGGUACGAUUCCUGCAAGCUUUAUCCAUCUUCAUCUUCUGUAUGAGCUUGACGUUAGUAAUAACCAAUUUAGCGGUCCAUUUCCCUAUGUUGUUCUUUAUUUACCUUCAUUAAAAUAUCUUGACAUUAGAUUCAAUCAAUUCGACGGCGAGAUUCCCGAAGAGGUUUUCGACUUACCACUCGAUGCUCUUUUUCUUAACGAUAACAAAUUUGAAUCAUCCUUGCCGGAGAAUUUAGGUAAUUCUCCGGUGUCAGUUUUUGUAUUGGCUAACAGUAAUGUUAGAGGCUGUAUUCCUCCAAGUUUGGCAAGAAUGGCGGCGACACUUGAAGAGAUUGUUCUUUCAAAUUUGGGAUUAACAGGUUGUUUGCGGCAAGAUAUAGGGGUACUAAAAGGAUUGAAAGUUCUUGAUUUAAGCUUUAACAAGUUAUCAGGUUAUCUGCCGGCGUCUAUAGGAGAAAUGAGGAAUUUGGAGCAGCUAAAUGUUGCACAUAAUAAAUUUUAUGGUCAGGUUCCGCAGAGUAUUUGUUCUUUGCCUAACUUGAAGAAUUUUACUUACUCGUUUAAUUAUUUCUCCGGCGAGUCUCCUGUGUGCCUCCGGCUGCCGGCGAUUGAUGAUCAGAGAAAUUGUAUUCCAUCUAGGCCCUUCCAGCGAUCUCCUGAAGAAUGCAGGUCAUUUUACGCACAUCAGAGAGUUAUUUGCGGUGCCAAUAAAUGUCCAAAAAGCUAGAAGUCUUCUGUCGGUAUAUGUUACUGCCGCUUCGGGGCUUCCUCCUCCAACGCCACGAAAACACGGCCACUGCCACCGCGGAUCCAUCACCAUUAUCAAUUAGUUUCUUGACAGCUCAUCGCAAUAGAAAUGAUUAAUAAAAACAAAUUAAUUAAUUACUAGUACAAUUUUCUACUAUAGUAUUUUCCAUAUUAGUAAAAGCUAUUUAGUGCAUAUCUAUACAAGGUUAAAAUGUACUUUUUAGAGGCUACUUGAGAAACCGCAAACUGGUUAAUAUAUUUGGGCAAUGAAAUGAUUCUUCUUAAUACA